GCUGGCUGUGAUGAGGAACACGGCGACGUUGGAGAGGAUCAGAAAAGCAACGAGAACAAUGAACAGUUCUGGCGGCAACGAUGACAAGAGCAAUGGCGAGAGCGAGUUAGAGGCAAGCGCGCGAUUAUAUGGGGGAAAAACACGAUUUGUGGCGAUGGCGAUGAUUUGGAAGCGAUGCGGGCGAAUCGAAGGCGAGAAGGCGAUGGUCGAUUCAACGGCGAGAGGGCAGAAAACGUUGGGAAGGUGGAAAAGCGGUUGAUAGUUCGAAGACAGGAAUCGAGGCGCAGAUGAUUCAACGAUCACGAAAAAGCGCCGGUGGGCUCAACGCUCAAGGCGUCGAAGGUACGACCGAGUUAAGGGAUCGUCGGCCGGUCGAGGAGCUCGUCGAGGAUGGGUCGGGUACCGGGCGAUGGGCGAGUGGGUGUCGAAGGGGAUCCCCUCCAGACGACCAGCGGGAUAGAAGAUGGGGGGUCGGAGGACCACGCCGCGCACCUAAGGUUUAUGAAUACGCGGCGCUCCGAAGUCUUAUGGCCACGCAGCUGCCGAGGACUCUAUGGGCGCGCUGUGCUCCGAAGUCUGCGAGUGUACCCGUCCGAGGAUGCGAUCUUGAUUGUCCUCCGAGGUUGGAAUGCCGUCCUCGAAAACCUAUAGGCGCUCCGUCGUCCAGAAAACGAUGGAUGCCGGGAAACUGAAGACCUGUUCCCUCCGAGGUAUAUGAUAGUGUAUGUGACACCGCUGACCUGCGGACCU